UUCAAAGCCGUAUCCGAUCUGAUCUGCCUGCAUGUCACCGAGAUCCGAUCGAACUCUCGGUGAACCAAACCUCCAUACGCUUGGACUCGAUAGCUAGAUUUAGUCUAUACAUAUACAUCAAUAACGAAUCAAGUCGGAAGAGCUUAUCUCAAAUGAUCGCGGUUUCUGUGAAACCCUUAUUCGUUGCAAUCUUCACGCUUUCUCUCGUUCUUGCCAUCAUUCUCCUCUCUCCUUCCAAUCCACUCUCUCAAGACUUAGUUUCUUCCAAUUCACUCGUGGGUAAGGUGGAUAUAUGGAAUGUUCGGAGAAUGGUGGAAUGGAGGCCUUGCAAAUGGUGGCUUCAGGGGAAUCCCACUCCUCUCCCAAUGGAAAGUAAUGGUUAUAUACGUGUGGAUUGCUAUGGUGGACUCAAUCAGAUGAGAAGAGAUUUGUGUGAUGGUGUUGGAGUGGCGCGUCUUUUGAAUGCGACAUUAGUUUUGCCAAAAUUUCAAGUGGCAGCAUAUUGGAAUGAAUCAAGUGGGUUUGCAGAUGUAUUUGAUGUUGAUUACUUCAUUCAACAGUUGAAUGGCUUCGUAAAAGUUGUCAAAGAAUUGCCUUCAGAAAUUGCAUCAAAAGAACCGUUUCAUGUUGACUGUAGCAAACGCAAAGGCCAGUUUGACUACGUUGAAAGUGUGCUUCCAUCCCUAAUCGAACAUCGUUUCAUUUCACUAACACCACAAGUGGUUCAAAGGAGAGACAGGUACCCCAAAUAUGCAAAAGCUGCACUUUGUCAAGCUUGUUACAGUGCAUUACGCCUCACUAAAUCCUUGGAGAAGAAAGGCUCUGAGCUUCAUCAAGCUAUACCCAAACCCUUUCUCUCACUUCACCUUCGGUUUGAACCUGACAUGGUAGCGUACAGCCAGUGUGAGUAUGCUGGCCUUUCUCCUGCCUCCAUGGAAGCUAUUGAAGCUGCACGAGGAGAUGAUAGAAAACCAUGGACUGGUGAGUUAGCCCGCAUAUGGAGAAAACGAGGGAAAUGUCCUCUUACCCCUAAUGAGACAGCCCUAACACUUCAGGCACUUUCUAUCCCUACAAACACACAUAUAUAUCUUGCCGCAGGGGAUGGCAUAAUGGAAAUUGAAGGACUAACUUCAGUUUACUCAAAUGUAGUCACCAAAGCUGCCCUACUUAGUAAUGAGGAUUUCACUACCAUGCAUGGUAACACAAAAGCUGCCUUGGAUUAUUACGUAUCUAUUAACAGCGAUUCAUACGUGGCAACUUAUUUUGGGAACAUGGAUAAGAUGGUUGCGGCUAUGCGAGCUUUCAAGGGGUUGAAUAAAACUCUUUUUUUAAGCAGAAAAGCUUUUGCAGAGCUUACUUUUCAGGGUUUGAAAGGAGAGGAGUUGAUGCAGGCAUUGUGGGAGGCUCACAAAGAAGAUUUUGAAAGAGGAAGAGGUUCUGCCUUGCCCGACUGCUUCUGCGAAUUCAAAUUGUAACUACAAAAUAUCCAUGAGUGAUCUUUCUUGAUAUUUUAUUUUAUUUUUGUUAGUUUUAUAGGCCAUUCUAAGGUUUCAGAGA